UUUCAGAACCAGGAAAGCUGCUCAGGAGCAGAAUCAAAAAAAAUCCCCGUUUGGAAUCCAAGGAAGCUUAAAACUUAGCCGCAUGACUGCGCUCGUCAAUCGGGCAAAGUCUGCACAUGUUUGAAGCUCUCAAGGAAGUCCUCGGAGAGAUAAAUAGCAAACUGGCGGCCGUGAAUAAUGAGCUGAGCUCGAAAAUCAUGUCGGAAAACAUUGUAUCGACGCGUCCAGUGGCGCAGGCUCAAUAUUGCGGUCCAUACAAACUUGAGAAGACGCUUGGAAAAGGUCAAACUGGGUUGGUAAAAACGGGAACUCAUUGCAUUACGGGCCGUAAAGUGGCAAUCAAGAUAGUCAACAAAGAAAAACUCAGUGAAUCUGUUCUACAAAAGGUCGAAAGAGAAAUUGCAAUUAUGAAGUUGAUAGAGCAUCCACAUGUGCUUCAUUUGUACGAUGUCUACGAAAAUAAGAAAUAUUUAUAUUUGCUACUAGAACAUGUUAGCGGUGGCGAGCUGUUCGACUACCUUGUGCGGAAAGGACGGCUGAUGUCGAAAGAAGCGCGAAAGUUUUUUCGUCAAAUCAUCUCUGCGCUCGAUUUUUGCCAUGCUCAUAACAUUUGUCAUCGAGAUUUAAAACCGGAAAACUUAUUACUAGACGAGAGGAAUAACAUAAAAGUAGCAGAUUUUGGAAUGGCUAGUCUGCAAGUGGAAGGGUCGAUGUUGGAGACGAGUUGUGGAUCUCCACAUUAUGCAUGUCCAGAAGUUAUUCGGGGUGAAAAGUACGACGGUCGAAAAGCAGACGUUUGGAGUUGUGGCGUUAUCCUCUACGCAUUAUUAGUUGGUGCGCUUCCAUUUGAUGAUGACAAUCUCCGAAAUCUUCUCGAAAAAGUGAAACGUGGAGUUUUUCAUAUCCCACAUUUCGUACCUGCUGAUGUGCAGAGUUUACUGCGGGCAAUGAUAGAAGUAGACCCGGGGAAACGAUAUUCCCUAGCCGACGUGUUCAAACAUCCAUGGGUAUCCGGAACAACAAAGGCAGAUCCUGAAUUGGAGCUUCCAAUGUCACAAGUUGUGCAGACGCACGUAAUACCUGGUGAAGAUUCGAUUGAUCCGGAUGUCUUGAGGCAUAUGAACUGCUUAGGAUGUUUCAAAGACAAACAGAAGUUGAUUAAUGAAUUAUUGUCGCCAAAACACAACACUGAAAAGAUGGUAUACUUUCUCCUUCUUGAUCGAAAACGACGGCGCCCUGCACAGGAAGACGACACAGAAAUCGUUCUGCGCGGUGCCGCCCAGAACAACGAUCCGCCUAAAAAACGGACGGAUUCUUCGAGAACAUCAAGAUAUCCCAUGGGAAGCAUUGCUGAUGGAAGUCCGAUCAAUCCACGAAAAACGUAUGGAAGGAAUCAAAAGUCUGGACGGCAUUCAAGUUUGGGAGGUUCUCCUACAGAGUCACCGAGAAGUUCAACUAGAGAUCUGUUCGGUUCAUCGUCUAGCGGAUCUUACUCUGCAAGGGCUGGAGAAGAUCGGGAUAGAGGGCGAUCUGCUUCAAGGUCCACCAACAGCUAUCAUUACUACACUCAACCAGUCGAUCCACAGACUCUUGCGGAAGCAGCACGUCACGUACGUGACGCCCAGGAACGGAGGGAGAGCAGAGACAGCGGUAGAGGGUCGUCUAGAAAAGAAAGCAAGGACAGAAGUGACAAAAGUGCCAGUAGUAGUAGUUGCAAAAAUGAUGCCUCGUCAACGUCUUCGGUGCCCCAUAAGUACAGCCCACCAUCAGUCAUGUCGGAGAGUGUGGUAGUGUCUAGUAGUACGAUGAAUUCUACGAACUCGUCAACAAAUAGUUUGAUAGCUGGUAACAGUCAGACAAGCAUUGGGUCGACUAGCGGUCCAUGGCGAUCAAAACUCAACAACAUCAAAAACUCAUUCUUGGGAACUCCGAGAUUCCAUCGGCGGAAAAUGUCAAAUGGGACGGCAGAAAGUGACAGUGAAGACAGCCAGAUGAUUGACACAACUGACCUUGUCAAAAAGUCCUGGUUCGGAUCUCUUGCUUCCAGUAUGAGCGUCGAACGCGAUGACACCCACUGUGUGCCUGUUCAAGGGAAAACAUUGAACAGCAUCAAAGCGGAGCUCAUACGGGCAUUCCUUCAAAUUCAUGAACUUAGUCACUCAGUAGUUGGUCAAAAUUGCUUUAGAGUAGAAUAUAAACGAGGUCCGACAGUUGGUGGAAGCGUUUUCAGCCGUGGAAUCAAAAUGAAUGUUGAUAUUAUCCCAUCUCCUCAACAAGUAGUGAUAGCUGGAGAAACUCCGACAUAUGUAGUACAGUUUGUUCUGCUGGCGGGACCAGUUCGGAGGUUUAAACGACUUGUGGAACACUUGUCAGCAAUUCUGCAAAAUUCUACUCAACAAAGAGCUGAUCGACAACAACAAGCAGCCCUAAUGGUUCGACCAAGGAGGUUAAGUGACUCCAGCGUUGGUAGUGCUUGUUCGGACAGUGAAAGCAAUGCGAGCAGUAUUAAUAUGAUAGCGCGGCAUUCGGAUAAAACUGAAACAACUUCUGCCACGUCAUCUGACCCUUACGGUCCAUCCCCGUCAAUGCGAUCUGUUGGAAGUGGAACAGGAAUUACAUCGUAAAGACGAAACUUGGCAAAAGCUAACUCAUACAAAUCGCCAACCCCUCAUCGCCGUAACACGACUGCUGUCACUGCUUCAUCGUCAUCCGCAUCAAACCGAUAUGGUCCAAGCAGUAGCUCGUCUGGUAGUUACAGUAACAAUGCUGACUAUUCCUAUCAUCCCGAGUAUUCACAGAGAAGCAAUGGCUCAAGUGCUCCGAAGAAUCAAUACUCGCCCGGCUCACAACGCAGCUUUGCGUUUUCCAUGUUCAACAAGGCUGAUAAAGUCUAAUCUAUCAUCAUAUUGAUUUUUUCAAAUGAUUAUCCAACUAUCUGUGUGUUAUGUUAUAGACAUGACGGUGAUCCAUUUUUGAAUUGUUUCUCUCUUAUUUAUUUAAUUUAAAACCUGUUUGUCAGCUUUGGUUACAGCUUUAAAAUGUACAGAUCUUUUUGAAAAACUAUUUUCCUCCACUUUCAUCAUGGUUUCGCCCUGCUCUUAUUUUGUAGAAAACGAUUAUUUCUGCAGUUCAUUUCUAAUUGCCAAACAUUGAAACAUGCAUUCCCUGUUCUCACAUUCCAUUUUUUUCCCCAAUUUGUGUCUAGUUUGAAUCUCAGUCUUUUUUACCAAUUUUUGUCCUUUUUGCUUUGUUCCUCAUACCAAACUUCAUUGUACUGUCUUCAUUAUCUCUUUUUUCAAUUUUAUUUUAACGGACUGUUCUGGUUUUUCCUCGGUUCUCUGUAAAACUUCAUUUAACUAUUUCCAUCGGAUGCCAUUUAUUUACUCAUUUCGGUUGUCAAUGAUCGAUUGAUAAAAAAUUGACGUAGAUA